UUGUCCGUUGUCAGCUGACAUGAAGCAGGAAGUCAUGUGAUCUGAAGUUCAGUCACAACAAACAUGGCGGCUGUGAUGAGGACUGGAUUCUGCUCUCUGAUGUUUCUGGUUUUUACUUCGAGUCAAAGUUUGUUUGAGCGACAGUUGACAGUCCAGUUGAAUCCCGGGUCGACUUCGCCGCCUCCUGGUGGCGACCUGCUGCAUGUGAGAGCCUUGGGAGACAACGAUACGCUGCACUACCUGUUCUGCAGCCAGGGGGCGCCAACGCUGCUGCUGAUCCACACCAACUCUUCUUCCUCUACUCUCCAGGUGGAUUGGCCUCAGUUUUUGGCUCGUAACACCAGCGGCAGCCUGAGGGUGGAGCCGGAGAGCAGCAUCCUGUACAGCACGGCCGUGGUCUUCAGCAGGUUGCUGGAGUACGAUGACGUUAAUGACACGGCCGAUCCGACCUCCGACCUUUUCCCACCGUACGAGCUGCAGAACUUCACCUGGUCUCGUCUCAACCUGACGGGUGCGGCCGCCCGGCUCUGCGGCGCCGUCACAAACACCUCCAGUGGCGUGCUCUGCCUGCAGUUGUCAGUAUUUGAGUCAGAUGGGCGUGGUCAGACCUGGCCCCGCCUCAUACACACAGCUAACUCCUCCCAGCUGGAGGUGUGGAUUGAUGGUUUGUUGCCGCGAGCAGCUCGUUCCAGGUUCCUAUUGGAGCUGCAGGCAGUGGGCGGGGCUUAUCCUCUGAGCAGGGUGGAGGUUCAUCGGUCGAUCGAUGACGAGUAUAUGCCGUCAAUAUUCAAGGCGUCUCAUUGGGUUUCGGCGGCGAACGGCAGCUCUGAUGUUCAGAGUUUCGUGCAGUGGAAGCCGGUGGCGUACCGUCGGUCUGAUCCCGUUCUGGAGGACGCCAUGCCAUGCCGUCAUUCCGACCCCCAGCCUCAGAGCGCCGAGACAACCGCGGCAGCGUCGGGUCUUAUCCAAGCGUUCUACUCCGAACCGGACACGUUCGGGCUCAACGUGAGCUUCGGCCUCGCCGGAGAACCGUUCUACAACAGCACCAAGUUCCUCAGCUGGACGGUGUUGGUGGGCGUCGGCUCUCCUCCUGUCGACUCGUUCUCGCCGCUGGUUGUGGCCAUCAUGGCGGUUGGUCUGGGAACACCUGUGAUCCUCUUGUUGCUGGGCGGACUCUGGGUCUGCGUCCGUAAGAAGGCAGCGGAUUCAACGACAGCUUAUGAGCCAAUCAACUGAGGACCGGUGCGCAGCCAAUGAGACGACAGACACUAUUUUUUGUUGAUGACAUCACUCUACUGAAGACCCAACUGAGUCCAGACAGCCAAUCAGAACCCAGAUUUUUAUAAAUUAAUUUAUGGAUUUUUUAUUAAAGAUAUUAAUCAACAGAUUAAAACACAAUAUUCAGUUUAUUGAGAAAAACUGAAAAAAUCUUGUUUGAGCGACUUUGAUUAUUUAAGAUUUUAAAUCUUUGAUAAAAAAAAGUUUGUCUUAAAAACUCUUCAGAAAUAUUUAGUUUAUUUCUUAGUCAGAGCAGAACUGAGUUCUAUUUUGGAGAAAUGAUUUUAUUCCUUCCACUUUAAAUCAUUUCUAUUAUUCAUUUUGAUGGUUGUGAAAGUUCUUCAAAUUUACUGUUUAGUUAAAUUUUUACUGUAUGAAAUCUAGUUAAAACAUUUGAAAAGUUUCAGGGGUUGAGACUCAGGAUCAAACCAUAACAUUCAAGAACAGAACUUCGACCAAAUUAUUAAUAAAUCAACAAAAGUUUUGUAAAAAAAAAAAAGCUUCAGAAUAUUUACUAUUCAACUUCCCGACAUUCGGGUUAACGUCACGUGACGCUGGUUCUUUUAGUUUCUUCAGUCGCAGAAACACGUGAUUUUCUUUGUAAAAAGAUGAUUGAGUUUUUGUUGAAUUUUUAUUUUCUUGUUUCAGUUCAGACAUUUUUAACAAACUGUUAAAACCGUUGAUUUAGUCACAGAAAAACCGAAACAUUUAAUAAAAUCUGAAGACAAAUGUUUGUCCAACAAUGAAACCUCGUCGUCUGCUGAUCGACUUGUUCAGACCAAUUAGACGAAAACAUUUGGCGCCCAACGUGCCUCCGUAGAUUUGUGUGCGAUCGGGCAGCAGUACCAAUCAGGGCUCAGCGUGUGGUCAGGGUCGACCAAUCAGCUGAAGGACAGAUUCAAAAACAGUGAGGGAAGAGUCAACAUGAGAACUUGGUUCUGACAUGAUUCACCUUUAUUUGUUUCAUAUUGAAAAUAAUGUUUGAACAAUUUACACAGUUGAAUUCUCCAUUAAGAUUGAAUUGAAUGAUUUGACACGUGUGAUGGCGACGUGACGUCUCAAUGGUUUAAGUCUGAAAUAAAAUUCUUGGAGAAUUCAUCUUUUGAAUUUUUACGAGUGAAGAUCUUGAUAAAGUAAAAAAACUCAAGUUAAAAGAUUCAGACUUCGCUGUUCUUUGCUCCGACUCCAUAUCGUCUCCUCCUGUCAUGUUAAAUAAAGUUCAGAUUGAAAAAAAA